GUCAAGUUUCACUAUCUGCAAGGUCAAGUUCCGGGACGACAGGUCGUUCAUACACUACCCAACCAGGAGUAAAACAUCAAAGACAAUGAAGAUUUAUAAAUCAGAGCACGUUUUUGAACAUCCAUGGGAAACUGUAGUUCAAGCCGCUUGGAGAAAAUACCCAAAUCCUAUGAAUCCUAAUGUAGUAGGAGUGGACGUUGUGGAUAGGCAAGUUACAACAGACGGAGUUCUUAGAAGUCAUCGAUUGAUGUCAACUUUUUGGGGAGUUCCUGAUUUUGUUACAAGACUCAUUGGCUUGAAUAGAACUGCUUAUGUUAGUGAAGUAUCAGAAGUAAAUCAUAGUAAUAAAACAAUGCAGUUAUUUUCAAGAAAUUUAACUCUUUCCAAUUUGGUGACUAUUGAUGAGAAACUAGAGUAUAAACCUCAUCCAACAAGACCAUCAUGUACUUUACUUGAACAAGAAGCCGUUAUAAAGAUUGAAGGAGUACCUCUAACAACUUAUUUGGAAGAUUUGAUGUUAAAAACAUGUUCCUCUAAUGCUGCAAAGGGAAGACAAGCAAUGGAGAUAGUAAUUCAUAAGAUAAAAUCUGAAGCAGGUGAAUUAACAAGAGCUGCACAAGAAAGUGUUGAUAAUAUUAUUAACAAAGCUAGUUUAUGA